GGUGACAACAUCAGGCAAGUGAUCCGGACUUCCCUCGGUACAGCUUCGUCAAGUGAAUUCGAGGAAAUGUAUUCCAUCCCUGAAAGAACAAAAAGGUGAAGACUACCGCGGGAUGAAGUGAACGGGCGGUGGCAUUGAGCAUGGGUCUUUUGGAAGCCGCACUCAACGCCUCAGUACUGCUCGCCGCCACCGAGGCCGGAGGCAGCGGCGGUUUGAACGGCGUGCUCGACGACGGCUCCGCAGGCGGAAGCACCACUAACGGAAACGGAAAUGCCACAAACGACAGCGUGGCUUCAGAUAGUAGUGGUCACUCCGCACCCUACUCGCUUCCCGAGGUGAUUCUGAUAGCCUUCCUGGCCGCUUUGUUGAGCGCAGUCACCAUCAUCGGCAACCUCAUGGUCAUGAUCUCGUUCAAACUGGACAAGCAGCUACAGACCAUUAGCAACUACUUUUUGCUCAGUCUGGCCAUCGCCGACUUCUCCAUCGGGGUCAUCUCGAUGCCCUUGUUCACCAUGUACACACUGUACGACCACUGGCCCCUCGGUCCCUUUAUAUGCGACACGUGGCUCGCAUUCGACUACCUGACCAGCAACGCGUCCGUGCUCAACCUGCUAAUAAUCAGUUUCGACCGGUACUUCUCGGUCACCAGGCCGCUGACCUACCGAGCCCGGAGGACUACAAAGAGGGCCGCCAUCAUGAUCGCCAGUGCCUGGGUCAUAUCCUUGGUGCUGUGGCCGCCAUGGAUCUACUCGUGGCCCUACAUCGAGGGUCAGCGCAGCGUUCCGCUGGACCGCUGCUACAUCCAGUUCUUGGAGACCAACAUAUAUGUGACCUUUGGGACGGCCCUAGCCGCCUUCUACGUGCCGGUGACGGUCAUGUGCAUUCUCUACUGGCGCAUAUGGCGCGAGACCGAGAAACGCCAGAGGGACUUGACCCAGCUCCAGGCGGGCCGGAAGGAGACCGGCGGCAGCCGGAAGUCGACGUCCAGCGACGACCCCGCCGAGUCGGAGGACUUCCGCCGCGGCCGCAGCGACUCCUGCCCGCCGGACGUGGAAACCACGUACGUGCCCACUUCGCUGUGCGUCGAGACUUCCAAGUACCUGCCCCCGGCGGCGCCCAAGAGGCGCCGACUUCGCGACGUGCUCCUGUCGUGGUGUCGAAUCGACAAUGACAAGGAGGAUGACGACAGCACCAGCCACGGAGGCUCUCCCGGCACCCAGACGCCGGCGUCCAUCGAGACGCCGGUGCAGUCGGCCUCGAUGACCUUCCGGGCAGACCAGCUGGUCCAGCUGAACCCGGCGGGACGCACCGGGACGGGAACUACCAGCGCGAUCUCUAGCAUAGGAGGUGGUGGCGGCGGCGGCGGCAGCGUCAGCAUUCCCUUGACGGACCGCAACGGCCUCCGGCGCAAUGAGAAGACUGGUGCAACAGCACCGGCUACGUCAGCGUCCCGCUCCUACUCGUCUGAUUCGGUGUACACCAUACUGAUCCGACUGCCGACGCAGCCGUCGCUGGAGGGCGAGACGUCACAGGCUUCCAUCAAGAUGAUCCUCGAAGAGGACGCCGAGAAGCACGAGGCCGGCGGCGGGACGGCGCCCUCUGGUGCGGCCGCGGCGUUCGCCAGGACGUCGUCCGAGGACUCGGCAGCGGCCAUGCGCACCGGAGACUCCGGCCUGGAGACCAUCCGGAUCCCGCUCAACACCAAGCUUGUACACCGCCAGGUGGUCGCGAAACAGCGGGCGGCCCCCAAGAAGAAGCGCAAGCAACAGGAGCGCAAGCAGGAGAAAAAAGCCGCCAAGACGCUGAGCGCCAUCCUGCUGGCCUUCAUCGUCACCUGGACGCCCUACAACGUGCUGGUGCUCAUCAAGACCGUCUCGUCGUGCGACGACUGCAUACCGACGGGCCUGUGGAACUUCGUCUACUACCUGUGCUACAUCAACAGCACGGUGAACCCGCUGUGCUACGCGCUGUGCAACGCGAACUUCCGCCGGACAUACAUGCGCAUCCUGUCGUGCAAGUGGCACAACAAGCAGCGGUCCAUGAACCGCGGCUACUUCACCUGAAGUGUUGCCCCGACUGCUAGCGCUCUCAGUCUCUCCCGAAGACCACGGUCUUGUCGCCUCGGAGAAUGCGACCUUCUUUCUCCUUCUCUGUCGCAAACCUUCAGCAGUACCGAAGCUCCAGCGGAGCCGAGUUCGUAAGGGUUUUCUGCAUUCGCGAUUCGGUUAUGCCUUUCGCGACCCCUGUGGAAGUUACGGACGACCCUUACUGUCUCAGAAGUGGUGCCGAUUGUUACGCUUGGUGUUUACUAUAGCAGAGAUAGAGUUGAAGAACUUUGAACGAGUCGAACACACAUCCCGGGCCGAGAACGCAAGAAAGCUCGAGUGAUGAAUGUUUGCGCAAGUGGCUUCCGCGAUUUCGUGAGAGUGCACUUACGUGUGCGGUGUAACGCUAUGCACUUACUGGCACCUUCCUGUACAGCGUUCUGCUAGUUUAUAGGGCGGAAAGAGUGACUGUUGCGUGGGUCGAUGACGACGCAUAUGCGUCUUGAGAAUGGUCGCCAGCACUAGGUUGAUGAUUUGGUUGGGAACUGUCUGCAGUAAGUUCGAGUGCUCCCGGUAAAACAGGGCUAGCAGCCGGGUUGAAUAAAUGUGAAAUGGCCAGACGUACUCUAGAGCAAUGCCAUUAUUUCCAUUUUGAAAGUCUUACGCACUUCUUGACUGCGGUAUCUUUGUUGUGCCAAAAUAAUCCUACAGUCCUUUGAAAGGCUUUUAUACGAACGUUUUCUUCACUUUCGGAAAGAAAGGGUAGCUUACAGCUCUAGGUCUGAAAACUCACUGCUUUUUGUGCGUAGUAAGUCGGCAAGAUCUAA